AUCGAGCGCCAUAGACAGGGAGGAGAGGGAGUAGAGAGGAUAUUGAAGAUGGUGGCGACUUGUACCUCAUUAAUUCCUCCUCCUCCUCUAUCUCUUCGUCGUCGUAGUCGUCUCCGACAAUCAGUCGCCGCCGCCGGCAGACUAAUUACGCCGUCGUCGUCUUCGUCAUUUCCUUCAUCAUACAACGGAACAAGUUAUACUACAUGGACCUGCAGCAGCAGCAGCAGGAGGAAGGAGAAGUUAUACACGGUUACCACGCCGUCUAACAAUCCGACGACGUUGACAACGGAAACGAAUCUUUCAGCAUCGGAAGUAGUUAGAAGCUUCUACGAAGGAAUCAAUCACCGUGAUUUGUCUUCCGUUGAGGACCUCAUCGCCUUCGAUUGCGUCUACGAAGACCUUAUAUUUGCUCAACCAUUCGUCGGUCGAAAGGCAAUCCUGGAAUUCUUCGAGAAGUUUAUUGAUUCAAUCAGUAGUGAUCUUGUAUUUGUGAUUGAUGAUAUAUCUCAACAAGAUAACUCAGCUGUUGGCGUCACAUGGCAUUUAGAGUGGAAGGGAAGGUCUUUUCCUUUCAGCAAAGGAUGCAGUUUUUAUCGAUUGGAUCACAUCAAUGGAGGAAACCUACAAAUUAUUUAUGGGAGAGACUGUGUUGAACCUGCAAUCAAGCCUGGGGAAUUUGCUUUGAUUGCCAUCAGUGGUGUUACCUGGCUUCUUCAGAAGUUUCCACAGCUUGCAGACAGGUUAUGAUA